CGAUUGUUUCAUCAAAUCCGAACUCUUUUUCUUUGGAGGGGGGACCCCAUAUCAACUUUAUUUGGUCUCCUCGGGGUUUUCAUAUAACCUAGCUGGCUAGCUCCUAUAUAUAAAUCACAUACUCAUGCAUCAAUUAAUACAAACACCACAAAGUCUGUAAUAAGAUCAAUAUUAGUAACAGAAGAAGAAGAAAAACUGCAAGAAAGAAGUCACAAUUAAAAAAAAACAAAUGGGUUCUCUGAUGAAGGGUGGCGGUGUAAGCGGUGCGAUUUUGUCGCGAAUAGCGACUAACGACCAACACGGAGAAAACUCAGAGUAUUUUGAUGGAUGGAAAGCUUACGACAAAGAUCCUUUUCAUCUGUCUCGUAAUCCCCACGGGAUUAUCCAGAUGGGUCUUGCAGAGAAUCAGCUUUGUUUAGACUUGAUCAAAGAUUGGAUCAAAGAGAACCCAAAAGCUUCUGUUUGCACCCCUGAGGGUGUUCAUCAAUUUAGCGACAUCGCUAACUUCCAAGACUAUCAUGGCCUUAGAGAGUUCAGACAGGCAAUUGCACAUUUCAUGGGAAAAGCUAGAGGCGGAAGAGUAACGUUUGAUCCGGAGAGGAUAGUGAUGAGCGGCGGUGCUACCGGAGCCAAUGAAACAAUUAUGUUCUGCCUCGCCGAUCCCGGCGAUGUUUUUCUUGUUCCGUCUCCUUAUUAUGCCGCAUUUGAUAGAGACUUGAGGUGGCGUACAGGUGUCGAGAUAGUCCCGGUUCACUGUUCCAGCUCCAACAACUUCAAAUUAAACGUCGAGGCCGUGGAAUGGGCUUACAAAAAAGCUCUGGAGUCCAACAAAAAUGUCAAAGGCCUACUCUUCACCAACCCAUCAAAUCCACUCGGUACAAUCUUAGACAAGGACACACUUAUGAACAUAGUCCGAUUUGUCACAAGAAAGAACAUUCACCUAGUCGUUGACGAAAUCUACGCUGCCACCGUCUUCGCUGGAGAAAAUUUUGUGAGCGUCGCUGAGGUGGUCAAAGAUUUAGGUGACUCUGAAGUCAACGCUGACUUGAUUCACAUUGUUUAUAGUCUCUCCAAAGACAUGGGACUUCCCGGUUUUAGAGUUGGUAUAGUGUAUUCUUACAACGACUUGGUCGUGUCAUGCGCAAGAAAGAUGUCGAGUUUCGGACUGGUUUCGUCUCAGACACAGCUCAUGCUUGCUUCGAUGUUGUCAGAUGAUCAGUUCGUGGAUAAUUUCCUUAUGGAAAGUUCGAGAAGGCUAGGGAUAAGGCAUGAUGCUUUAACCUUAGGGCUCAAGAAAGCAGGUAUUACUUGUUUGAUAAGCACUGCAGGCUUAUUUGUGUGGAUGGAUCUGAGACAUCUACUAAGAAACCGUAACUCGUUUAAAUCUGAGAUCGAGCUUUGGCAUAUAAUCAUCAACAAAGUGAAGCUCAAUGUUUCACCAGGCUCUUCCUUCCAAUGCACGGAACCUGGGUGGUUUAGGGUUUGUUUUGCCAACAUGGACGAUGAUACUCUUCAUGUGGCGCUUCGACGGAUCCAAGAUUUCAUGUCUAAGAAUAGCAACAAGGUCGCUGAGAAAGCAUCGAAUAAUGAUCAGAUCAUUCAGAACAACAAUGCUAAAAAGCAGAAAUGGAAGCAGAGCAAUCUCCGCCUAAGUUUCCGACGACUUUACGAGGAUGGACUCUCCUCGCCCGGUAUAAUGUCACCACAUUCACCUCUUCUCCGAACAUGAAACAAUAAGGUUGGACGCUUGAGCAAUUGGAUGAACUAGUCACCUCAAGUGUUAAUUGAUCUUUAAUUAGUAAGUCGUUAAGCUUAUGUUUUUUUCUUAUUGUAAAAAUUUGAAUCAUUCAACUUCAACACUAGGGUUGAUUUUGACUACAAGCUUUUUUUCUGGGGUCAAAUGGUAACUUUUAAGAUUUGUGUGGUUAGUUUCUUUCUGUCUUUUUUUCUCACUCAGGAUUUGAUCCAUGGAUUAUCCUGGUGGUGCUGGUGUGUAGUAGUUGUCCUUUUGGAAGGUUUUCUUUAAUUGUUGUGUGUAAUAAAUGAAAUAUUAUACUUUCAUAAUCUAUAA